AUAUAUAUAUCUUUUUUCUAUUUCUUUUUUUCUUUUCCUUUUUUUUUUCUACUUCCGAUAUAUUCGCACGAACGGUAAUUAAUCGAAAUUGAAAAUUGUACGUAAGUUUCGAUGAACAAAUAAUUUUUUCGAUUUAUCAUUUCACUCAUUUCUUCAUACACACAGACACACAGAUACACAUACAUACAAAUAUGUCAAAUAAAUUAUACGUCCAAUCGAAUAGAUCGAAAUUAAUAUAACAUGUUUAUUAUAAUUUUAUUUACAUAAUUUCAUCUUCCGACGAGAUACGCGCGACAUACAUUACGUCGUACAAGAAAAUGUGUGUCAGCAUCGAUUUGUGUUUAACGAUAUGUGGGUGAGUAAAGAACGUUGGCUAUUCGUUGAAUCUUUCUAUCGCUCGUUUUUUCUCUUUCUUAUUUUCUCUUUUUUUUUCUUUUACCCUUCCUGUCUUUUUUCUUUCUUUUUUUUUCUUUUUCUUUUUUUUUUUUUUAUAACAUCUCCUUUCUGUGUAAAACACAUUUACAAUACACAAUACGUGUACGUAACACUAUUUAAAUCGAUCAAUUUAUGAAUUAUUAUAAUAAUGAUGAUCUUUUUUUUUUUUUUCUGAAUAAACGCACGGGUCUUUACACUGCCUGAUCAAUCACAUCACCCCUCCUCAUACCCCACCCCACCAUCCUCCCUUUCCUCACCACACACUUCCCUGGCAUCAUAAAUGGAAAAGCAUUGAUUUCUGAAGAUAAUUAAAUAAGUAUAGGAUACAGUUGUACGCAUAUAAGAAAGAAAUUACAAAUGUUAUAUAUUUGUUUUCUUAUAACGAUCUUCGGCUGUCAUCAUGAAGCGUCAACAAAUCACUUUGGAUCUUUCAAAUAUGGUGUACACAGCUUUCUCCUAUUUGGCAUUAGCCGGAGCAGUCUGGAUUUUCUUGAGACUACUUCAGGCAUGCUUUUGGCUUCCUCGGCAUUUGAAGAAACAAAACAACGUGCAACAAAUGUUGCAGGAUAAGGUGGACAGUUACGAAAAAUAUAUAUUGGAAUGCGAAGAGAAGGAGAAGACAAUGAUAUUGGACGGAGAGAGUACGGAAGAGCAAAAUGUCGACAUUACGAAGAAAUGGUUGGAACGUAGAGAAUGUUUGGAAAUGUUGAAGCAAGAAUUGAAGAAGAUAGAAAAUGGCGAUGAGAUCAAUUAUGAUGAUUAUCUUUCGGAAUUAGACGAGGAGAUGAAAGAGGAAAUGAAUGAGAAGGAGAUGAAGAAGGAUAAGGAAGAUGGGAAGGGAAAAAAAUGUGAGAAGGAAGAAGAAGCGAUGAUGACGGAAAUAGGAGAGGUAAAAAUUUCUGAGAAAGGAAGAAAACCUAACGAUAAGAAAUCGUCGGGCAAACAUGACGAUGCAUCGUCGAAAAUGUCUGAAGAUAUGGAUUUAUUGAUCGGUAAAAAAGAAAAUGAAGAGAAAGAGGAAAAUAUGAUAAAGAAAGACAAAUAAUAUAUAUAUAUAUAUAUAUAUAUAUUUCUUUAUCCUUUUAUCUUCAUUCGACUAUUUGAUCUUGUGAUUUUAAUUAUUUAUUUAUUUUUUUUUUUCUUGAGAAUUUCUUUUGCAUUCUCUCUCUCUCUCUUUUUUUUUUAUCAUAUAAACCUUUCGUAUUUCAGCACAAAAGGAAGAGAUUCCUUCGACCUUACGUUUCCUUAUUUUUUUUUUUCCUUUUUUUUUUAAUAUUGUCCUUCACAAAAUAAAUUAUUUUAUAAAAUUUUAACGAAGUAACGACUUUUGAAAUAUCAUCGUAGGAAUAAUUCGUAAUCUCUAUAAUUCUCUUUCUUUCUCUUUCUCCGUUUCUUUUUCUUUCUGCUCAUACCCUGUCAUGGCGGCCGUUUAGUCGAAUUAUCAAGAAAAAUGUAUUUUUUAUAUACGACACUUUGUAAUAAAAAGAAAAGUGUAUAUAGAUGAUAUAUUAUAGUAAUGUAUAGUAAUGAUAUAUAAAUAUAUAAGACGAGAGUGUGUUCUCAACAUAUAUAUAUAUGUAUACGUAUAUAUAUAUAUAUAUAUAUAUAUAUAUAUAUUUAUAUUUAUAUAAUAUAGAUAUAAUAAAUCAAUCGUAAUAUACAUAUAUAUACACAUGUGAAACGAUAUUUUUAAGGCCUAUACUUUAUUCGUCGUAUUCGCAUAAUCUUUUGUUUUCACACACCUGAUUGUAUAAUAAAAAAGAGUUAUUAUACUUUAGGCACAUGUUUCAUUUACUAUAUCAUGUAUUAACCAUUUUGAUCUUCCAUUUUUUUCUU